UAUUGCCUGCGUGACUGAAUCAGAAAAAUGGCGACUGUACAUCUGACAGAGUUUACUUUUGUGUUUCGCAAGUGAUUACCUCAGUAAUGCUUGAAUCUAGUUUGUGUAUACUGUGCGUUUAGUGUUGAACAAUCGAUGAGGAAUACAACGUUCCAGUUUGUGAACGGGAACAAAAAAUAAAGCAAAUUAAAUGGAUCAAUCACAUUUUUAAUUCACUAACGACGACGACGAUUUUUUUAGACAAAAAAAAACUAGUUGAAUCAUGGCUUUUGUUGGAAUUAGUCAAUAUAAUCACCAUCAACAGAUUGAUGAAUAUGAAUACGACGAUACGGAGAAUUUUUAUGACGACGGAGCGAAUUAUGGAAAUUAUCUCGAUGUGGACGAUAGCGAAGAUACUGAGGAAGCCAGUGAGUCGGAGUAUGGCCACACGACUGGACGAAAUCCAAAUGAACCACUUGAAAUAAAAGAAUUAAUGUACCAAGACAAAUUGUCCAAUUUGAAGAAGCAAUUAGAUCAACUGAAGAAUGAUGUGCAUCCCGAAUACAUACGACGCUAUCGAAAGCUAGAGAGUCAGUACAAAGAGCGUUUACGUCUCAACGAAGUGCAUCGUGAAUUUUCCAUCGAAUGUAUCGAACGUGAUUUUAUAACGGAGAAAAAGGCAGCACUCAAAGAAUUUGAUGACAAACGUGCCGAUCUCAAAGAGAAUCUCAUAGCUGAAUUUGAAGAAAAGCGCAAAAUGAUCGAGUCCGAACGGCAUUCGAUGGAAUUGACGGGUGAUUCAACGGAAACAAAACCAACAGUAACACGAAAACUUCGGCGUCGACCCAACGAUCCGAUGCCAAUGCCAGCGGAGAAACGGCGAAAACCAACAGUUAGCCAACUCGUAUUGCUUUUAGACGACAAAGAAAUCGAAAAUGACCUGAAAUUGAUAAGUCGCGGCAAAACAAUGACACCAAUUCGAUCACCAUCCGUCAACAGUAAUGGGCUAUCGGCGAUUAGUGCUAGUCUUGGUAUAGCCAGCUGCUCAUUGCCACCGACCGAAAAUUACUCAUUGAUCGAAACAAAAAUCGAGGAUGGUAAAUUGUUGUUUGAACGACGCUGGUAUCAUCGUGGCCAACCAGUUUACAUCGAAGGGAAAGAUAUUGCCAAAUUCGCUGCCACCAUCUCAGCGAUCGGAAAUGAAGUUGUUUGGGUGAAAAAGCUGAACGACAACAACAAAGUGAAAAUUCCAACGAGCCAAUUAUCACGCGGAAAGAUAACAAUAAAACGAAGGGCCAACUAAUCACGGUGUCCUUUACAUUCUGUCAUUUAGCGUUAGUGAAUAGGUUUCUCUUUUUUAAAUAUAAAUUGCAUUCAUAUAUUGAUAUUUUGUUUUAGAUUUAAUUUCAACAACAUUUUACAAUCAAACCAAAUUUUUAAAUAAAAUGAAAACGGAACAAACUGUAAAACAUUGAAUUGUAUGGCGAAAGAAAAAAAAAACAGAGAAAAAUGCUAAUGAA